GCUUUCGCCGUCCGGGAGCUGACCGGCCGUGUUCCUCUCUCGUCUUCCUCUGCGCCCCGCGUCCCCGCCCUCGCGACCCCGGCUCUCCUGGACUCGGCGCCGCCAACCUGGGCGAUGCCCCGCUACGAGUUGGCUUUGAUUCUGAAAGCCAUGCGGCGGGGUUGGUACAGUAGGCUUCACUAGACUUAGCUGCAACUCAGAGCUUCUCCUCCAGCACCUGAGUAAAUGCUGAUGGUCUUGUGGAGAGUGGAUUAAGAGUACGAGCUAAGUUCUCAAUCCCAAUUGAGAAGCGGAGGAAAUGUAAACUGUCUCCUUCCAAGUUUAUCACAGCCACCACCAUCAAGACAGCAAACCAAAGGACAAAGACUUUGAACUGCUGUGUUGCUCUGUGUAGUCCAGUGCACGCAUGGUUUACAGACUUGGCUGGGGUUACUAAUAAGUAAAUAAAAAGCUGGACGCUUCUGUCAUUCGGACAUUUCAUUCACCAGUUACCAGCAUGAGGGCUGUACUGGAGGCAGCAGACAUUGCCGUAGUGGCCCUGUAUUUUAUCCUGGUCAUGUGCAUUGGCUUUUUUGCCAUGUGGAAAUCUAAUAGAAGCACUGUGAGUGGAUACUUCCUGGCCGGGCGCUCUAUGACCUGGGUGGCGAUUGGUGCCUCUCUGUUUGUGAGCAAUAUUGGGAGUGAACACUUCAUUGGGCUGGCAGGAUCUGGAGCAGCAAGUGGAUUUGCAGUGGGCGCAUGGGAAUUCAAUGCCUUACUGCUCUUGCAACUUCUGGGAUGGGUUUUCAUCCCCAUUUACAUCCGGUCAGGGGUAUAUACCAUGCCUGAAUACUUGUCCAAGAGGUUCGGUGGCCAUAGGAUUCAGGUCUAUUUUGCAGCCUUGUCUCUGCUUCUCUAUAUCUUCACCAAGCUCUCAGUGGAUCUGUAUUCAGGGGCCCUCUUUAUCCAGGAGUCCUUGGGUUGGAACCUUUAUGUGUCUGUCAUCCUGCUCAUUGGCAUGACUGCUCUGCUGACUGUCACCGGAGGCCUUGUUGCAGUGAUCUACACAGACACUCUGCAGGCCCUGCUCAUGAUCAUUGGGGCGCUCACACUUAUGGUUAUUAGCAUGGUGAAGAUUGGAGGGUUUGAGGAAGUUAAGAGAAGGUACAUGUUGGCCUCACCUGAUGUUGCUUCCAUUUUGUUGAAGUACAACCUUUCCAACACAAAUGCUUGUAUGGUCCAUCCUAAGGCGAAUGCCCUAAAAAUGUUGAGAGACCCAACAGAUGAAGAUGUUCCAUGGCCUGGAUUCAUUCUUGGGCAAACCCCAGCCUCGGUAUGGUACUGGUGUGCUGACCAAGUCAUCGUACAGAGGGUUCUAGCAGCCAAAAACAUUGCUCAUGCCAAAGGCUCCACUCUAAUGGCUGGCUUCUUGAAGCUUCUACCAAUGUUUAUCAUAGUUGUACCAGGAAUGAUUUCCAGGAUAGUGUUUGCUGAUGAGAUAGCUUGCAUCAACCCAGAACACUGCAUGCAAGUGUGUGGAAGCAGAGCUGGCUGCUCCAAUAUUGCUUACCCACGCCUGGUGAUGACCUUGGUUCCUGUGGGCCUUCGGGGCCUGAUGAUGGCAGUGAUGAUUGCAGCUCUGAUGAGUGACUUGGACUCCAUCUUUAACAGCGCCAGUACCAUAUUCACCCUCGAUGUGUACAAACUUAUCCGCAAGAGUGCAAGCUCCCGGGAACUAAUGAUUGUGGGCAGGAUAUUUGUGGCUUUUAUGGUUGUCAUCAGCAUAGCAUGGGUGCCAAUUAUUGUGGAGAUGCAAGGAGGCCAAAUGUACCUUUACAUCCAGGAGGUGGCAGAUUAUCUGACUCCUCCCGUGGCAGCCCUCUUCCUUCUGGCAAUUUUCUGGAAACGCUGCAAUGAGCAAGGGGCUUUUUAUGGUGGAAUGGCAGGCUUUGUUCUUGGAGCUGUCCGUUUGAUACUGGCUUUUACCUACCGUGCUCCUGAGUGUGAUCAACCUGAUAACAGGCCAGGCUUCAUCAAAGACAUCCAUUAUAUGUACGUGGCUACGGCAUUAUUUUGGAUCACAGGACUCAUUACUGUGAUUGUUAGUCUUCUCACACCACCUCCCACAAAGGAUCAGAUUCGUACCACUACCUUUUGGUCAAAGAAGACCCUGGUGACAAAGGAGAGCUGUUCUCAGAAAGACGAACCAUACAAAAUGCAAGAGAAGAGCAUCCUGCAGUGCAGCGAGAAUAGCGAAGUCAUCAGCCAUACUAUUCCCAACGGGAAGUCUGAAGACAGCAUUAAGGGACUGCAACCUGAAGACGUUAAUCUGCUGGUGACAUGCCGAGAAGAGGGCAACCCAGUGGCUUCCAUGGGUCAUUCAGAGGCAGAAACACCAGUAGAUGCUUAUUCCAAUGGGCAAGCAGCUCUCAUGGGUGAGAGAGAAAGAGAGAAGGAAACGGAAAAUAGAAGCCGGUAUUGGAAGUUCAUAGACUGGUUUUGUGGCUUUAAGAGUAAAAGCCUUAGCAAGAGGAGCCUCAGAGACUUGAUGGAUGAGGAGGCUGUGUGUUUACAAAUGUUAGAAGAGACUCCACAAGUUAAAGUGAUCCUAAACAUUGGACUUUUUGCUGUGUGUUCACUUGGAAUUUUCAUGUUUGUUUAUUUCUCCUUAUGAACUUAAGGAUACGGUGAGACACUUAAGAGAAAAUACUGGUCUUUGAAAACAAAAAUGUAACUGUCGCACCUCCCAGGCAUUGUUUACGCUGAAGGUUUUAGCCAAAUUCUCCUUAGCAGAAAAAUCAUCUAUUUGUAAGACUGUUUUCCCAGAGAUGGGGAAAACGUAAAUCUUCAACUUACAUGAAACAGAGCAGAGUGAAUUGUGCAAAAAAUGUGGUUUGAGAGUUUUCUGUACCAAAGUAAGGAGAGACCAAUUAUUCUCAUGUAUCACUUAGGACAGAACAUGUGCUAAGGUAUCGUGAGUAAAGUGUCUUGUCUACAUUGCCAAGGCUUGGUAGACCCUCUGCUGAAGGAAAUUUGCUCAUUUAUAAAGGCUUUUGUCUCUAAUCCCUGCUACAGUUAAAAAAUGAAUUUGUAGAGACUGUAUGAUUAGUUAGGUCCUGAAAGUCUAAUGUGUUGUGUACUAAUGACUUGAGGACAACUUUGUGUGUGUGGCUGGUCAUUAGCACGAGUCUACGGAUUCUGCUUGCCAAGAGAAAGGAAGAGCGUUUUCCUGCAGGUCCUUUUGUACUACAGCUUGUAUGGAAAUGUCAGCAGCCGUGGGGAGCAGACUUGGUUUCCAUCUCUUCCCUCUCUUUUUUCCUACUUAAACUGAAUCAUACUCCACGGACUACCAAGUCUGUCUAUAAUUUUGCUUUUAAUUAGGGGGGAAGUAAAUACUGCUGAUGAUCCCCACAUUUAUUGAUCAGAUAAGAAUAUUUUAAAAUAUAGUUUGAGAAUUAUCAGCUACCAGGCAAUGACUGAUAUUUAAUGCUAAGUAGAUGAUGAAUCAUUUUUUUUUUUACCUGCUUUCUAGCUGCUUCUUUGUCAUUUUACUAACAUUCCUUAUUUGCCAAAUGCCUUCCCAAAUGGGUCCUAUUGUAAGAUGUUCAGUAUCGUGGAGGAGCGUCAACACUACUUGUGUGCCGGGGUUGGCACUUGCUUAGUUUGUGAAACGUUGUUAAGUUUUAGAGGAACAGUCUAAUUCCAUUCCUUAUAAGUUCUCUUCCUUAUUUCUGUCUUUUUUGAAGGCUUGCUGUGUAUAUACAUCUAUGCUGUUAUAGUCAGUUAGCACAUGAGUAUGUUUCAUUACGAAGUGGCUGUCAGUCAUAGAACACUCGGCAGUCUUACUGUUGAUGAGAGUAGAUUUUCUGUAGGAUGGCCAGCAUGUUCCUCGGUUGCCACGAACAGGGACUUUAGGGUUUAGCAGUGUGCUUGUGGGGGAUAUCACACUUGUGGAGGACUCUUGAUAUUGACCUUAGCUUAGCUUGGUAUCCAACUGCCACAUUCAUGGGCAGCAGAUCUUUUUUUGUAGGCUGUUUCUCCUUAUUGAAGAUAGUGCAGGAGGAAUUCGAGAAAAAUCCUAGGGAUGGUGUGUGUAGUCCUAUGUCUUCAUCACUGCCUCUUCUCCAUUAGAGAUGAAGAAAGCGAAUUCUGUAUCUACUUUCUUUAGGCCGAUAACUUUUUAAAUUGCAUGACUUUUAUUAAGCCUUGUACUUAAGGAGAAUUACUACUUUUAUAGAUCAUUUUAUAGCUUUUCAAUCAAACUCAGUCCUGAUAACCAAAACAAAACAAUACCUUUCCUUAGUUUUUUUUUUUUUUUUUUUUUUUUUUUUGUAAUGCAUCGACUUGUUUGCAGGCGAUGGACGUCAUGAGUCCAGUGCUGUUAGGGAUCACAGAUUGUCACACACAGUCUUCCUAUCUUCUGGAGGGUUUCUGAGGGACUGAGUCUGGAAAUUGAAAAAGUCAUCUCUGUAUGAAUAGCAUGCAUUUCUGAAGAACUUAGAGUGCCUUGUACAAUUUUUCUCUUAGUUUCUAUUUUGAGAUUUAUAACCUGGAGCCAAGUAGAUAGGGGCCAUCCUUUUCUUGAGUGGAAAGUUGAGUUAGUUCUCCAAAUGUGGACUCAGAGUUUGCCCAUGUGUUUGGAUGGAUAGCUGUGCUUUGUGGCUGUCUUCUCUUAAACAAUUCUUUUUGAGAUAAUCUUUCAGUCUUUGAGAAAGUUACAGAAUAUUGGGUUGUCCAAAUUUGGAUUAAGUUGUAGGAAUUAACAUUUCCUUUGAACACAUUCCUAUGCAAGUUAGCAGACAUUGACACAUUGGCCAAGUGGGCUUCCUCAUCCUUGUAUGUAUAGCAUAGUGAAUAGGAGGUAUUAUGUGAAUUUCUCCCUUUUAUUUAGUGCUGAGUCCUAAUAAUUUGGAAUGCUAGAGUCCUCUUACCCCCUUUUUGUUGACUUAUAGUAAGAUACAUAAUGUAUACCGUAAUGUGUCUAUCUGUGUGUAAAUAGCUGUAGGUCAAGUGUAGAGAGCUAAUAAAUAAGGAAUAGCUUAGCAUAUGCAUUAGAUGUGUAUUCUUACCACUGCGAACAUCACUUUAUUUAGUCUGAAGUUUCUAAAGCUUGUCUUCCUUACUGCUUUCCAGUAAUAGAUACUGUGCUUGAAUACGUGUGUGAUGGCAGCCUCAUUUCAAGGACCAGCCUUUAUAGGUCAUUACAGUGGUUGUUCUUGGAAUGAUACCUGAUUUUAGACUAGCAAAAUGUUCAUCCUUCACAUGCAUAUGAGUCCUAAAAGAUGGCAUGGAUCUGUAGACAUUUACACAUGUGUUUUUGUGUUUGUCCAAGCUAAGCUUUGGAAUUGACCAAGAUUACAUUGACUAAAAUAGUGAUUAAAAGUAAACGUGAGGUAGGUGAGGCUGUUGGUCUACAGAGGUAGGUGAGAAGUAGUUAUCCUCUGAGUGAUAGCCAAGCUUCUAGAUGAUUGUCUUCCCAGGCAGUUCUUGCUUGGAUCCAGAAAGGGCUUUUUAAUUUAAUUUAAUUUUAUUUUAUUUUUAAUUUUGCUUUGCGCCAGUGGCUGGGACAAUGAUUGAUGGCUCUUCUGUGGGGUUUCUCUUUCUCUCAGAAGAUUGUGUCCUGCCAUCCUAAGAGUAAACAACUGGGCUGCUGUUGUUCUAGGAAGUGAUUGCUUUUGUUUAUAGAGAAGCAUCAGGCAGUAGCAGCUGCCUUUGACUCAGAUUGAGCGAUCUCAUCCCCAGGGCUUCCUUUCACCAGCUCGAAGGAUCCACUCUUGCACAGAGAGGCUGACCUGGGUAGUCUAUCCGUGACUCUUACGGGUGUCACCAUAAGUGGUCAGAGAUGCUUUGUGAAACUUCCCAUUUAAGAACAGGUCAGUGGAGUUAUGAGUUCUCUGAGUGAGGUUAAAAGCCUUCUUCAGGGUCGCUAUGAAUCCUUCAAUUCCUACAUCAGGAGUCUUUUUUAUUCCGGGUGCAUGGUCUUCUCAUCUCCAAAUACCAUUUAGUGUAAUCUACAGAUGAGCCUUAUUUUCCACCACAUAAGUAUGCUUUGUCAUUACUCAGUAAAGAAUUAGGUCUAAUUUGGCUGAUAUACUAAGAUGCCUUCCUCCCUCAUGCCUCACUCCCUUGCACAGCUCCUUUUGGAGGUGUGAGUGGAAAGGGACCACAUAGGUUUCUAUUGUAAACAUCUCACCAUUCUCUAGGUUUAUGUUGAAAGAUUUGCACAAGACCAUUCCUGUUGAAUUAUGUGACUGUAGAGCCUUCCUUGUUUGUGCACAGAUGCUCUAAGAAGUAAUAAUAAAAGCAAAAUUUCAAGAUCUGACCAAUCCCCAUGAGAUCCAGAUGUGAACAGCAGGGGCUGGAGAGAUGGCUCAUUGGUUAAGAGUACUGCUCUUCCCAAGGACCUGGGUUCAGUUCCCAGCACCCACAUGGCAGUUGAUAACUGUCUGUAAUUCUAGCUUCAGAGGAUCUGACACCCUCGCACAGACACCCAUGGAGGCAGAGCCCACUGUAUAUAAAAUGAAACAAAACAAACUGUAAAGGUAAUAGUCACAUUCUUGAAAUCCCAGAAACUUGAAGCAUCUGGGCUGUCAGCUGGCGUAAGCCCCUCUCCAGGGAGUCAGGCCCAGCCUGCUAACUUCUAGUUUAAUGGUAAGCAGGAGAGACAGAUCUGUUAACAGAAUAGAGGCUAAAGUGCCUGAUACUUAGUAUUGAUAAUUUAGUAAAAUGAAGCUUUAGGCUUCAUUAUCUGUAGGCUUGCUCACGUCCUAAGCAGAGUUUCCAAGCUCUGUUCGGGUUCUCUUGUCUCCAUUGCUCUGUAGCCUGCUCUUUAUUUCAGUAUUUUCUGAUCUCUUGCGUAGUGCUUGGUUUAUCUCACACUGUCUUGAUGUACCAAAGUCUUCCUUUACCCCAGGAUUGAGGACCAAAUAAUAACCAAAUAAUGAGUUAAACAGUUAACUUUUAAACCUAUUAUACCUACGGUAGUAGCUUAAAAUGUUAUUGGGAAUAAAUGUUUCCAGAAUAAUUUUCUCAGAUUUGUAUUGGUUAAUAGUAAAAGCACUAGUGUUGUGGUCAGGAAACAGUCAGUAGUGAGUUUUCACAGAAGUUGCUUUGAGAUGAUGGUGCCUGCCACGUGAUGCAGAAAGAUCGAGUUUUUUUGUUUUUUUUUUUUUUUGUUUUCCAUGAGGGUAAAGGUUUGAUUUAGUUGCUACAAAGAGAAACACUUGUACCGUUAAGGUACAAGGCUGGUGCAUAAGCAGUGAUGGACUGAGACCUUUCUCAUGAAGACCAUCUCCUGAUGUGGUACUGUUCCGUUGCACUGUCUUGCACACUGUGGCUGCUCAGCUAACUGCUUUGACUCCUAGGAGUGCCGUGAGCAGAGGUUCUGUGUAAGAGCGUCACUAGUGCCAAGUCCCACACUUCAUCAUGGGUUUCAGGUCAAGUUCUCACUCUCCUGUGCUGGCAAUAAGGCUUUACUACUGACUGAUCUUGUAACAGUGUUGUGAAAUUGAUCGUUCAUGUUUCUGUCUCCGCUCCUUUAUAAAAGGUAAGGUUUAGUUUGAAUGUAAGCCACUCACUUUUCUGGCAACCAGCAACCGUUGACCUGUAGCCUUUUUCUCAGAAACAAAGAAAAGAUGUGCUGUGUGUCUUUACUCGUCAGCAGUGCAUGCUGCAUGUGCUGCAGAUGGCCUGCUUCCUCUGUGUGUAGAGGAGAGGUUUUCUGUGCCAGGAACGGAGCUCUGCGCUGGCACCCCCCCCCCCUUGUUUCACGUCCAGCAGUGUGUGUCUAGGGAAAUGCUAGUGAUUUUCCUGACAACACAAGUUGACAGUGUACCCACAGCAUAAAUAGAUGAAUUCACCCUACUUUCCUAGUGCUGCUAGAUAUAUAAAUUUAUAUAUAAAUAACACACAUACAUUUAAUGUUCAAUUUAUCAAUAUAGCCUAGGCUUCUGAAAAUAGAAUGCUAUUAGUAACUUUUGUGUGUAAGUGGGUGCGUGCGUAAUUUGGAGAUGAAUCGGGCUCAUUGAAAUCUUUAAAUGGCAGAUGCUGGUAUACAAGGUUUUCUGUAGUAUAAUCAAGUUUUGAGAUUCGUGUUUGGGUUGGUGCCUUCUGCUUACCAGUAUUGAUGCGCUAGUUCGCACUUGUCCCUUUCUUAGUAGUAAGCUUUCUCUGUUUUAAACUUGCAACUAGUGAGGGGAACAAGUACAAAGUGCACAUUUCUAUACUUUUAUGCAGUCUUUUGGUUCAAGGAAACAAGGCAGUUGAGUAUCUGUAUUAAUGUUAUUUAUUCAUCUUUAUUUGCUUUUAUAUCUAUAAUUAAAAUUUAAAGUGACAUUAUAAAUUCGUGUCUAUUUUAACUUCAAUGUAGGUUUGUUAAGGGCAUCUGAAGAACAAUAGUUCAUAUUUCCAUGUGUGAGGAGAGGCUAGAGGUCCAUUGAAAGCACAAAACCGUGUUCACGAGUGUGUUUCCACUUGUGAAAAGCACAAAAUUUAAUAGCAUUCUUACUAACCCACAAGUGCCAGUCAUAAACCCACCCAGGCUUUGUCCCAAGUUGUUAGGAAGAUCACAGCCCAGAAAGCCUGGGUGGUGAGCCCACUGUCACAGCCCAGUCCUCAGUGAGAUCCUCUGUCUGUAUGGCUUUGAUGGAGAGAGCAACUGGUUGUAUUUGGGGGUUGCAAGGGAAAAUGAGGCCUGGACUCAGAUCUAAAGCUGAAACAGAGAGUCAGGGUUCUGGUGGACGGAGUAGGUGGCAGCUUUGUAAGUAGUAAUUUGAACAGUUUAAAAAAAAAAAUCUCAUUUAGAAGAAAUAUUACUUGUCACCAGUACUCUAAAGACAUGAAAAUAUUCACAUUAAAUAGUGCAAGUAUUAUGUUGAUUUAUAUAGUUUAUAUAAGAUGACAUUACCUUUGUUUUCUUUAUGUGCCUAACUAUACUUUUUAGUAAAAAGUUGGAUCUCUGUGUUCUGAACAUUAGACUAUUUCUGGAUAGAUUCAAAAUGACACUGCUUUUCACAGUGGCUUUUUAAUCUGUUCCGUUAACUCCUAGACUAGAUGACUGGAAAACUGUAGGUGUGCACACAGAAAUGAAGAUGGCAUCUCUUCCCACUCAGCAUUGCCUUCCUCCUUGUUUUUCUUACCUCCAGAUAGUCCCAUGUUUACCAGGAGUGAGAAUGAGCCCUGUUGGCUUCUGUCUACCUUGUAAGAUGCAGCCCUCAGAAAAGAGAGUGCGGGAGAGGCUUGGUAACCUCUAACAAAGAUCUUAGAGGGCAUAGACCAGUGUUGCUGAGAGAGAGACAGACAGACAGACAGAAACAGAGAGAGAGAUAUCAACAAGGUCUUGGUAUAUGAUACAUCUUAGAAGAGUUCACAUGAACACUGAUGGAAAGAUUUUUCCCCUCCAGCAACAAGCUAGGCGUGUGUACCCAUAACAGAAUUUUACAGCAGGUAACCUGGAGGUUGCAAUGUGGGGGUGGGAGCUGAGGGUAGGAGUGUGUGAGGAGUGUCCUUGGCUUAGUAAUGUGUGACAGUGUAGAGCAGUUAACCUUUCAGGCCUAAAGACUGUAUUCUGUAACUUUAAGAGUUUAUUACAACUUUAUGAAAUACUUGUUAAAAUUUCUUUGGCAGAAAUGUUUUUCGUGGAAACCUGCUUUAGUUAGACUAAGUGAAAUGUAGUUGUAGCAGUGUAAAUAUGUAUAAUUUCCUAAUUUCACUGUGAGAUCUCAGACUUUUGAGUGGCAAACAGAUCACUGAGUCUUUUGCUAAUGACUUGUCUGUGGGGUCAGUAAGAUGUAAACUCUUUAUUUUUGUUUAAUAGCGACCAACUGUGGUGCUGUGGGAUGAUGGUAUGGAGCCAUUACUCCACUGCCCUUGUUGGUUUUGCUUCACUUUGAGGGCCUGCAAAGUUCAGACCCAGCAGGGCUUCCUGUCCCUUGCUCAGCUGCCUUUCUUUGUCUGGAACGGUUGCUAAUCACCAUAUAAACUCUUAGGCUUUUCUGCUUUGCUUUGUUGUUGUUUUGUUCUUUUCCUUUUUUGACAAGAUGGAUAUCAAAAAUAGUUGCUGUGCAAAAGUUAGUAGUCUUCUUCAAGAAGAAAACAGUUCCUUUUCUAAUACUAUCCUGUGAAAUUGCUUCACCCAUUCCUUUAUUUUAAAGCCAAAUGUCAGCAGAAUACUGCUGUUUUUAUCUAAAUAAUUUUAAUAUGUAAGUAUUAAUGCAUUUAAAAAGAUGUCUGCGUUGAGAAAUACUUCACUAGUGUACUGCCUGUGAAAACUUUGUUCAGAUUUCUGGCUAAGACACCAGUCAGUAUACUGGGGCUGCACAUUACAUACAUGUAUUAUUUUAGUCAGGUAUUGUUGUAGACCAAGCCUGGUUAUAAUAGAGUAGACUAACACUAGUUUGUUAUCAGUUAAUUUUUAAUUAUUUCCAGUUUACUCUCUUGUUUUCCUCAUACUCUUCUCGUUUUCAGAUUCCAUUAAUCGGGUCCAUUUCAUUGUGUAAGGCUUCAGUUUCAAAGAAAAUAGAAUUUGAUAUAAGCCAGGUUACUUCCAUCUUGAAAGGAAAACAAUUAAAACUGUAGAUUUAAAAUGGUUAAUUAUCUGUGACAAUUUUAGCCUAUUCUGUAUACAACUGAUUUUUAAAACUGUAGACUGUGUUAAGUGUUACUGUUGUUUAAAAAUGGGGAAAAAAACCUGAAGCAAAUCUGCUUAAAGAGCUGUUGGUUCUCAUUGCUGACCACAAACACUAUGUUCAUGUGUACUCGUGUUAUUUUUUGAGCUGCUACAUUAGCCUGCAGACGUAUUUGAAAAUUUAAGAUGAAUAUAUUUCUUGCAAAGUCCGUUCCUUUCUGUGGUAUCUUGUCCUGUAACUGAAGUGUAGUUAUUAUUUUAUGGAAAUGUUAGAACUUCUGUACCAACUUUGAAUAAAAUGAAAACUUUA